UCCCUCAGGAAUUCAGAACUUUUUCGCAUUAGUUUUGUGCUGUUUGUUGCCUUGUUCCGUUGUAAAAACAUCCCUUACUGCCUUCACUUGUGUUUUAGUUCGGUUUUUUGCAGUUUUCGCCACUUUUUCGGCUUCCAUGGGAACAGAAAACUUUUUCUGGGUGGAGAAAGCUUAUCUUUCAAUCAAGAGACAAGAGAUAUCUUGUUGCUUAGAUAGACGCAACUGUAAAUAGCAGUGUUUCGAUGGUUCUCGGGCGUUUUGCAAGUGAAAUUUUGUUUUAAAUCAACCUAUCUUGACAGAGAGCUCUUAUUUCUGCAAUGUUUCACAAUAAAAAAAUCUUUAUCUUCUUAUAAUUCCAUUUAUAAGACAUUUUUCCAUUGUUUUUUUCCGUUGUGGAAUAUUUUGUCGAGGCACAAAUACAGAUUGCAGGUUUGUUUUUGGGAGUGUGAAAGCUUCGAUUGUGAAGAAUUGAAACACGAUAUGGAAAUAUUCAGCUUCUGAGGUGUAUUUUUUAGUAUUUGCCCGGCAUUGAACUGAAGCAGCAGUCUCAGAUAUUGCAGGAAUUUUUUGCCUGUUUGUGCUAUUUUUGGCUCAAUAAUUACUUCUCCACUGCGCUUUUUGGAAAUCGUCAGUGGAACAGAAGCGAGCGAAGUAAGUGGCAAAAAUUGGUGAUAUCGGAGAGUGCAGAAUCGGUGAGUCAAGCGACGAUAUCCUCGGCGCACGAUAAAUAUCGGCAGAUAAAUAUCGCGAGAGGAAAAAAGGGGUGAGAAACAUCAAGUUUGCGUUGUGGAAAAGUACCAGGCAAGGCAUUGGGAGAGUGAGGAGCCCGUUCAGGCCCUCGCAAUAGUGACACGAGCAUGAUUCGGUGCACGCAGACAGUGAGCGCGACGGUGCGCGCGAGAUGGAGCUGCCAGCGCAGGUGGGCGUCCUCGGUGGUGGGAGUGGAGCAGCUGCCCGACUUCCCGGCCCGCAAUGAGCCCGUGCUGGGCUACCUCAGCGGCUCCCCGGAGCGCCAGCAGCUGCAGGCGGCGCUGCAGGCCGCGGCGGCGGAGUGCCAGGACGUGCCCAUCGUGGUGGGCGGCGAGGAGAUCCGCACGAAGGACGUGCGCUACCAGGUGAUGCCGCACGACCACGGCAAGCGCCUGGCCAAGUUCUACUACGCCGACGCUCCCGUCAUCCAGCGCGCCAUCGACGUGGCGACGAAGGCGCAGCGCGAGUGGGACCGCCGGCCGCUGUCCGAACGUCUGGACAUUUGGGAGCGCGCGGCCAAGCUCAUGGCCGGCGAGUGGCGUGCGCGCCUCAACGCCGCCACGAUGCUGGGGCAGUCCAAGACCGCCAUCCAGGCGGAGAUCGACUCCGCGGCCGAACUGGUGGAUUUCAUCCGCCUCAACGCCUUCUUCCUCAAGGAGGCGGCCAAGUAUCAGCCCAUCAGCCCAGAUCCCGCCGUGACGCGCAACACGCAGCGCUUCCGCGGCAUUGACGGCUUCGUGGCCGCCGUGAGUCCAUUCAAUUUCACCGCCAUCGGCGGCAAUCUGGCCUACACGCCGGCGCUGGCCGGGAAUUCGGUGCUGUGGAAGCCCAGCGACACGGCUCUGCUGUCCAAUUGGCACAUUUACCGCAUCAUGACUGAGGCCGGCGUGCCGCCGGGCGUCGUGAACUUCGUGCCGGCGGAUGGGCCCACAUUUGGGGCCACCAUCACGGCGUCUCCGCACUUGGCGGGCAUCAAUUUCACAGGAUCCGUGCCGACGUUCCAGUGGCUCUGGCGCGCCGUGGCGAAGAAUCUCGAUCGCUAUGUGAACUUCCCGCGUCUGAUCGGCGAGUGUGGCGGCAAGAACUUCCACUUCGUGCAUCCCAGCGCUCACGUGGAGUCCGUCGUGGCGGGAACGCUACGCUCAUCAUUCGAAUUCUGCGGCCAGAAGUGUUCCGCCUGCAGCCGCCUGUACGUGCCGCGCUCACUGUGGGACGGCGUGCGUGAGGGGCUCGUGGAGGGCGUGAAGAAGCUGAAGAUUGGCGAUCCCACGGACUUCAGCACCUUCGCUGGUGCCGUGAUUGACGCGGCGGCGUACAAGCGCAUCAGCGGCUACAUUGAGCACGCGCGCAAGUCGCCGGCGCUGAGCAUCGUGGCCGGCGGCAAGUGCGACGACAGCAAGGGCUACUUCAUCCAGCCCACAAUCGUGGAGACCACGGAUCCGCGCGACCGCAUCAUGACGGAGGAGAUCUUCGGGCCCGUGCUCACGGUUUACGUGUACGAGGACAAGACGCUGGACGCGGUCGUGGACGAAGUUACGCAGGCCACCAAGUUUGCUCUCACGGGAGCCGUUUUCGCCCAGGACGAAUCCUUCCUGCGUCGCGCCCUCGAGGCGUUCAAGAUGUCAGCGGGCAACUUCUACAUUAACGACAAGUCCACGGGAUCCGUGGUGGGUCAGCAGCCCUUCGGCGGUGGCAGAAUGUCAGGCACCAACGACAAGGCUGGCGGGCCGCACUAUGUUCUCCGCUGGACCUCGGCGCAGGCCAUCAAGGAGACCUACGCCCCGCAGACGGACGUCGACUAUCCCUACAUGCGCUAGGCGCGCCGCGAGCACGCGAAGUAUUAGGCGAGACGUGAAGAGAAUCUCCUGAAGAUUGAAUCUCCAACGGAAUUUGUAUUAUUAUUUAUGAUAAUGAUUGCGUCGCAAAAAGGCGCCGCGCGCGCGCGAGAGAGAAGGAAGUCUAACUUUUUGUGUCUCUUUUUUUUUGUUACAUUUGAGCGUUUUUAUUAUUUUAUUUUAUUCAGAGAUUUGUUAUAUUUUCGUGUAGGAAAAAAAACUAUCGACAGAAAAACGCAUCCAAAAGAGAGAGAGAGAGAGAGGCAAGAAAAAUAAGAAGAUUGUCGAUGGUUUUUCGUCUUCUCGUCCUAUUCCUUUAGUUUGGCCGUGCGUCGGGUGUAAAACGGGUAAAAGAAGAGGAAGAAGAGCGUGGUUUUAGUUCGGCGGAUUCGCGUUAAGUCAGAGGAUAAGUCACAAUAUUAUGCAAGCCAGGAUUAUCGAUUGUAUGGAGUAAAAAUGUUGAAUGAUAGUGCAUGUUUUAAUUGAUCUUUAAUGGCAAAAUAUAGACAAUACAACACUUAAUGUGACAUUUAGA